UCUCAGAUUAUAAAGAAGACAAAUAAAAAUGAAACAUUAAAUAUUUGAGAAGCUAAAGAACAAAGCUUAGUUCACCAUUUUUCCUCAAAGAGGAAAGAGUCAAACGAUGAUUUCUGUCUAAUUACUUCACCUUAUUGACUCAGGUUUAGAAACCAGACAGACAGGAUGCUUCAGCCACGUGGUGUCCCUGAAUGCAGCACCAAAGGCCACUUUAAUUUCAGUCUAUUGAUUCAUUUAUCUCACAUCCUACAUAAAACAAACACAAAGACUUUAAGAGUUAUAGUUUUUUAUUUGAAGCAUUUUGAUGAUCAAAAUGACAAAAUGAAGAAAAUCAUCCAAAAACAGAAGAGAUAAUAUUUACCCUCCAGAGUCAGAGUCAGAGGAGGCCUCUGAAACAGCGUGUAGAUGUUCAUGCUGAACAAAACAAAAAUGAUAAAAUUAUAGAAUUAUUAUUUAUAUUGUAUUUCAUUUCUUUUAUUAAAGGGUGGUAGAAGGGUUUUUACAGGCAGCUCUUUAAAACAACCUUCCGUUCAAUUUAUAAGAACGAAGUUUUCACUAAAAGUUCUCUCUGUCCUUCAGGUGAGUUUCAUGUUCAGUAUUUCAGCCUGAAAAAUGUCGUCAGCUCACCUUAAACAGAGGACCAAUUAACUCAGCUUCUCCUCUGUCAGCUCAUUACGCGUUCAUAUGGUUUGUGCGUAAUUCUUGGUUGUAAACUUUAACGGCCUCAGGAUGAGAAUGAAGCAAGUAAUUAAUUAAUAUCAAUGAUUUAAAUACUGCAGAGAUCUCAGAUUACAGUAAACCUACAGAAACCCACAGACAGACGGGGUGUGGUGCUAAGGUGUGCAGGAUAUGUGCAGCGUUGAUCUUUAUAGAUUGGGCAGUCUCAGCAGUGUACAAGUCUUUGUUUAUGGUGAGGUAUAUCUGCAGUCUGAGGAGAGUCUGAGCAGCUGGCAGUAAGAUAGAUACUGAAAAUACAAUUGGCUAAUCUUCUAAUGUACCUCGGUGCUUUGAUGCAGUUGAAGGUGUUUGCAGGCGGGACAGGGGUUGGACAUUACCUCACUCUGAAUGCUUUCUGGGGGGAGAAACGAGCGAGUAAUUAGCUGAUUAGAGGCCCGUCAGAGCAGCUCAGCCUGCAGCCAAUCAGCUCUCAGCGGCCUGCAGGGGUGGAGGAGGACAGCUGAUGGGAGUCAGGCUGCCUCUGGGAAGUUAGCGUGAAACAUCAGGACGGAUGCAAUGUUGCGGAGAGACAUGCGUGAGUGCAAUUUAAGGAAGCAGGUGGAGGGAUGCACAUGCAGGCCUAACAGUCAGAGAGCGUGUCUGUGAGGGGGGUCAGGACUUCAGACUCAGGCUGGUGAUGCACUGAUGCUUAUUUCUGAUGGUGGGCUGAUACAGUUUUCAUAAAAAGAUAAGAACGCGUGAGUGAAGAGGCUCCGCUGUCCGCGCGCUGACGCACGGCACAGGUGCGCAUCAAAGACUCCUCGGACCUCCUCAGACUUCCUCAGACCUCCUCAGACUUCCUCAGACCUCCUCAGACCUCAUCCCGUGAUGGAAAAAUCCAGGAACUUCAGAAUCGACGCCCUGCUCGCAGAUGAGACCAACCGUGUCAGCAGAGACCUGUCCCCGGGUCUGAGCAGCGACAGCCCCGCAGGCAGUCCGGUCUCGUGCCGCCGCGCGGACACCCCGUCUCCGCGGGCAGCUGUGCAACUUCAGACCGGAUUAAUCCCCAAACCGGGUGUGCUAAACUUCCCGCACCCAGGACUCGCUGCAAUCCCCGGCAUGUACCCUGCACCCAUGUACCCUCUGUCGGCGCUGGGGGGGCAGCACCCCGCGUUCGCGUACACCGGGUUCACACAGCUGACACACUCCUACCCGGAGCACCUGAAGGCUGCUGCCAUGGCGGGGUCUCUGCCGCUGGAGCACUGGAUCAGAGCCGGGAUCAUGAUGCCACGACUGCCGGAUUACAGCUCAGGCCCUCAGUCCGGUCUCUUGGGGAAGUGCCGGAGGCCCCGCACGGCCUUCACCAGUCAGCAGCUGCUGGAGCUGGAGAACCAGUUCAAACUCAACAAGUACCUGUCCAGACCCAAACGCUUCGAGGUGGCCACCUCGCUCAUGCUGACUGAGACUCAGGUGAAGAUCUGGUUCCAGAAUCGGAGGAUGAAAUGGAAACGCAGCAGAAAGGCGAAGGAGCAGGCGAGUGCUUCGAACCAGUCUGAGGCUCAGCGGCUACGCAGCUCAGGAAAAACUACCAAAGACAAAUGUGACGACAGCAGACAGGCUGUGGAUCCAGAUGACGGGGGGAUAGACCUCGAUCUGGAGGAUGGAGAGGAAGAGGAGGAUGAAGAAGAGGAUGCAGAUGAGGAGGAGGAGGAGGCUCAGAAUGAUUACCCAGUUUCUUUGGGUAACGGGGUUGGGAUGCAACAAUCCAUGGACUUCUUGCAGCGCAGCUCAGACGUAGGCUACAAUCCCCACAGCCCGUUCUCUGAUGACUCUGAGCUGGAGGGGCUGCAGGCGGGAGGAGGGGACCGGAAGAUCAGGGCCGGACUGUGAGAGACUCUGAGACACGCUGACACAGUAUUUACAGAGACAUUGGACUGGUCUGUGUCUGAGGUCUCUAGAAGAGGUCUUUGUCUGUGCUGCUCUCUGAAUGAGUCCAAACUGUUUCAUGGAUCAGCAGAUAUUCUAGCAGCUACAAACACUCACAUAUCCUGUAUAAACUACUCGUACUGUUCAUUUUUAUAGCAUGCAGAGAAAAAGUUUCUCUUCCUCUCUAAAUGACGCUCCAUCUGCAGAGAGCUGCAGCUCCACGUGAGGAUCCGGAGACGAGAGGACCGUUCAGACAGCGUGAGAUUGUAGAGUAGAAGCAGCUUCCACUGACACAGAGUCAGAGCAGAUCCAGCUGUGUGGGGUCAAAGAUAAAAACAUGAACUGCUCCUGCAGACGUUACUCUCAGAACAUCCUGAGUUUACUUUGUGCAUUUGUUGUAAACAUUGAUGUUUUUGUUUGUUUUUAAUGUGUUUAUGAAUUCCUUCUUGUCACUUAAAUGUAAAUGAAGUUAAUUUAUUUGAAUGAUUGCAAAGAUGAAUCAUAUGUGUAUUUAUCUGAAACGUGUUAGUGCUGGAACUGUGAAAUAAAAGAAAUGAGAGCAUAAAGAAUUAAAAAGAAGUGAAGAAUGAA